CCUGCUCCGCGGACGCCGGCGGGCGGGCGGGCGGGCGAGCGAGCGGCCGGCGCCAUGGCGUCUGCGGAGUCUGGCCCGCAGCGCGUGGGCUUCGUGGGCGCAGGGCGCAUGGCGGAGGCCAUCGCGCAGGGCCUCAUCCGAGCAGGCAAAAUAGAAGCUAAGCAGGUGCUGGCUAGUGCGCCCACAGACCGGAACCUCUGCCACUUCCGGGCUCUGGGCUGCCAGACCACGCACUCCAACCAGGAGGUGCUGCAGAGCUGCUCGCUUGUCAUCUUCGCCACCAAGCCUCACAUCCUGCCGGCUGUCCUGGCCGAGGUGGCCCCCGUGGUCACUCUCGAGCACAUCUUGGUGUCUGUGGCUGCUGGGGUCUCCCUGAGCACCCUAGAAAAGCUGCUGCCUCCAGGCACGUCCGUGUUCCGGGUCUCACCCAACCUGCCCUGCGUGGUCCAAGAAGGGGCCAUGGUGCUGGCGCGGGGCUGCCACGCCAGGAGUGAGGAGGCCCGGCUGCUGCAGAGCCUGCUGGAGGCCUGCGGGCGCUGCGAGGAGGUGCCCGAGGCCUACGUGGACAUCCACACGGGCCUCAGCGGCAGCGGCGUGGCCUUCGUGUGUGCGUUCUCUGAGGCCCUGGCGGAAGGCGCCAUCAAGAUGGGCAUGCCCAGUGGUCUGGCCCACCGCAUUGCUGCCCAGACCCUGCUGGGGACGGCCAAGAUGCUACUGCAGGAAGGGAGACACCCCGCCCAGCUGCGGACAGACGUGCUCACGCCCGCCGGCACCACCGUCUAUGGGCUGCACGCCCUGGAGCAGGGAGGCUUGAGAGCGGCGGCCAUGAGCGCGGUGGAGGCCGCCACCCAGCGGGCCAAAGAACUCAGCCGGAAGUAGGGCCGGGCUCCUGAGGAGACCGCCAGCCACUCGCCCCGACACAGCUGCACGGGGCGCCCGGACGCCCCGCCCUCCUCUGCCCUUCCCCUAAGGAUCGUACUCCCCUCUCCUUACCCCGGGGAAUGUCGCCCCUACCUCUGCAGACCUCUGCCCCUCAUGAGCCCGCCGUCACGGGGGCAGCGUUGGUCCUCGGUCCCUUGGGGUGGGUGGAGACCACACGCGGAGCGCUGGGCCCGGAGCCCUGGCCCUUCCUGGGGUUUCUCAUCCCAGCCGGGAGCCUGGCGUCUGGAUGGCCCUGGAAGUGCUGCGGGGCAGGGCCCCGAGGGAGGUUGGGAGAGCCCAGGGUCCCCCAGCCCGAGCGGCCAGCAGGUAGUCUGCUCUCCCCCGAGCUGAAGCGGGGCGAUACCCAGGAAUCCCACCCCACAGAGCCGUGCCGGCUGGGUCUCCCACGGCCCCCGGGCAGCCCCUUUUGGAAAGACUCCUGAGAUGGGGAGGGUGGGCUCUGUUCCGAUGGGAGCACCCUUGCCUCCCCCCGGGCGCGGGCGGCUUGAGGGCGGCCACUCCCCCGUCAGGAGUCCACGAGAGCUUUGCACCUCUGCUACCACCACGCUGGCCAAUGUCCCUGCAUGGAGCAGCAGGUGGGGAGGAACGAAGCCUUGGGAGCGAGGGCUAAGCGGCACACCACGGGGUGGGGGGGGACUUGUGCUGGCCUCCUCCCACUUUGUCCCCUGCUCCCGGGCGCCGCCCUCCAAGGCUCUCCUGGGCCUCCCUGGCCACACAGACCCCAGGAGAUUGACCCUUUCUUGCUUCUAUCCAGCAAUUUCCUGAGGCGGAAGGGCACCCACCCAUCACUGCGGUUUGGGGCAGUGGUGUCUUCUGGCUGGGCGAUAGUCAGGCUAUCACUCCGUCUAUAGACAGGGCCCGUGGCAUGUAUGUGACAGGAACGGAUGGCCUAUCCCUCGACACACCACCUACCUGCUGCUUAAACCUCAGCUACCUACCCUGACUGGCUCUG